GGUCCUUGUUUAGAUCUUCCACGAUCAGGAAGCUGAUAGUGAUUUUGAGGAGGAUGUGUCAGAGCAGGACAGUGUCUAAUGGUUGCAUUGGUUAUACGUGGUUAUAGUAUAAAAGUUCCUGAAUGUUCUUGCCAUUUUCACUAUCAAUAACAUAUAUUUAAAUCAUGUCAUGUUUUCAUGACUUUGGUAAAGCGGGACAUGACAGAGUGUGAUAUAGGUGUAUUUUCCUCCAAAAAGGAGCGGUGUAGAACCUUACAAAUACACUCUCAUGCCAUCUAAAUCAAAUUAAUUAAUGUCAGAUAGGCUAUUUAUGUAUUCCUUAUGUAGUUGGUAUAGACACUUUUUAUGAGGAUUGGCUAAUGAUUACUCAGACAUUAAAACAAAUCAUCGCCCUACGGUCCAAAGGACCGUUCACUGUGGUUUGAAUCAUAAACCUGCUCAUAAAAAGUAAAGUUUUAUCUUCAGGUAAACAGAGUUAGACCUGGUCUCACACAAACACGGCAGCAGACUAACACAGGACGAUGAAGAUGUCAGGAGGAGUCUUGAGUUGCUGUGUAGCUCUGUUGCUUGCCCUGACCUCUGUGUCAGCUGUACCAAAGCUCAAAUCAAUCAACGAUUUGAAGAAAAUCAACUUUGGCAAAUCUGUGCCCAAGCACAGUCUUAUGCUGCUCCACUGGUUUGCCAACACAGUUGACAUUGACAGUAACAGUGUCAUAUGGCUGACCUUUGACCCAAACCGCAGAGAUUAUGGCUCACAUCACUACGGAAACUUUGAGGAGUUGUUGGACCCACUGCCUUGGGGAUACCGGUACUACACUGUUGGAAAUCUCUAUGAAGUCACGUCUGAGCAACUUCCACUUCAUGUUCGCAAUCCUCCAAGUGAGUAUGUGGGAAGAAACAUGGACAGGAUCAUAUUUAGAGUCCAGGAACAGAACACAGGACAAGAAGCUUUGCAGAGGAUAGACCGAGUGUAUAUCACACAGCAUUAUGCCACGUCGGAACAUCAGGGGACAAGUUAUGAUCCAGAUCAUACCUACCUGAUCACAACUCGCCUCUUAAGACAAAUCAGAGAGUUUUCAGUAAGAGAAGAACAACGGCCACUGUUGUAUCUCAGAAACCGCUAUGGAAGAAACAUUGAUGACUUCCAAUUUAAUGACAUCAGACAAACAUGGAGUAACCUUGCCUGCCUUGGACUGCUGUUGUUUAUUGUGUUACAAGAAAAGUACUCCUCCAACCAACGACACAACAGAAGACCAGAACACAACGACAGAAGACCAGAACACAACGUCAGAAGACCAGAAAAUAACCAAUGGGAUAUCAACAACAGACUAAAAAUCAACAACAGACCGGAAAACAACAACACACGGGAAAUCAACAUCAGACUGGAAGACGACAUUGAACUGGUAAACGACAGAUCAGAAAACACACAGAGUCGUUGUCGUUGUCGAACUUUGACGAUCUGCUGUUUGGUUGUUGGAUUUAUUUUAGUUAUAUUAAUUAUUUUUUUGUGCAUUUAUUUCAUAAAUAAACACUAGACAUAGCCUGAAAAAAGGUUCCCACCUCUGGUCUGUACACGGUGUGAUGUUAUAGCUUUUAAGAACAAUAAGAGCCAUUCAAUCACCACUUCAUUGUAACAGUGAAUCAGGCAGUAUGAAGAAGAAGUGUGCAGCCAGGACAGUGAGUCUAGAUUUUCUUAU